GUUUGUUUCUGAUCGUCAACCGAACCGGGUAAAGUCAAAGUUCUCAAGUCUGCUUCUAUAUUUCUAGAGUUGAACAAUGUUCUGAGAGUGUUAGAAGUCGCUGUUACUAGCUUAGUGCUGCAGUUGUGUAUAUUUGUUAUUGUAGAAUCGUUGCUUGUAAAGUAAAAAGUUGAUACGGAGAUACAUAUUCUAUUUAAAUUCAAAGUGAAACAAAACGCAAGGGGGUUUUUUUCUUGGAAAAGUUGAAGAAAAGUACUCGAGAAAGCUACACAUAGCUGUUUCAUUCUUUUUACAAGUGGGAGAGAAGAAGACCAAGAAGCUUAUGAUGACGAGUUUUUGGUCCUCUGUAACAAAUUCAGUUACCAACGGAAUGUACGAAAUGAAAUCGUUCUAUGAUCGAAAGGGAAUGUUUGAGAUUCGGGUGAAUUAUGCAAAUUGGAUUGAGGAUAAUAUAGGGUAUAAAAAAUCUGACGCAAUUGAGGAGGUGGCUAUACAAUUCUACAACGGUCUCGAUGAACACAUACGAACUACGUCAUCGCCCGAAAUUGCAGUUCCCUUACUUUUAAGUCGCAUGAGACAGAUAUCACCUCUUGAGUUCUACACACAUCUCAUAGAAGGAAUGGCCAUGGAAGUUUUAUUAACAAGUUCCGCUGGUGAACUUUUACCCAACGAUGAAAUGCAUCAUCUUAAAAACAUUCAAGAACUUAUCAAAUCUUGCGAUGGAUUCUAUCAAAUACCAAAUCUUUGCCUCGAAUCUGAGAUCAACCAAACCAUUAAUGAACUUUUCGAUCCAGUUAGUUAUUUGGCAAAUAUUUUUGAAGGCUAUGAUAAAUGCCAGAAAUCGGUUUUCGAUGAACUUAAAAACUGGCAGAGACAACAGAAUCGUAAUAAUUGCACCGAGGAUGUUCCUCAGAAAGAAUCGAUCAUCAAUCAAAAUAACGUUCAAAUGGAUAAAUUAAAUCAAAUCCAGAACUGCAUUGAACUUCUGGUGGAAGUAACAUUUAGGUUGUUGCAAAUGAUUGAUUCGAUUAAAAUGAGAAAAAUCCAGAAUCGAGAUUUGCCUGAUGAAAAGCUUGAGCAAUUGGCUCAGGAAAUUCGGAUGAAGCAGAAAAACCUAAUGAUUGACUCAUUUAUUGUUGACAGCCAGCCUAACCAAGUUAUCAAAACUAAUACAAAUUUCUCAUCUUCAGUAAGGUGGCUAAUUGGACCACAGUUGGGACUAAACAAUAGUUUGUCCAAUGUCAAAUGCAUAGUUGUAUCAGAAUUUCAAGCUAGAAAUCUUAACAAAGAAAGACAAAUAAACCACUCCAUAGAACCAUAUGCAAAAGAAAUUCGUGGGAAUGAUGUAAAAAUGGAAUACCAAGAAAAAAAUCGAAUAUAUUCAGCGAAUUUCAAAGGCCUGCAAAUAAAAAAAAUUCAACGAUCAGAACGCAAAGGAAGUUCCGAAAGUGUUAUGGAUGAAAAGUUAGCCCUGCUCUUUCAAAUGACUGUAACCAUAAAUAAUUCUUCUUUUAUUAUCUCAACAUUAUCUCAACCCGUUGUUGUAAUUGUUCAUGGAAAUCAAGAGCAUCAAGCUUGUGCAACUAUAAUGUGGGAUACUGCAUUUGCUGAAAUCGGACGGGAAUUAUUUGUUGUUCCGGAUAAAGUUUCAUGGGAAAAACUAUCAGAUGCUUUAUAUUUGAAAUGUUUUUCAGAAACUAAACGUGGAUUCACCGAUGCAAAUAGAUAUUUUCUUUAUGAAAAAUUCUUUCCAAAUUGCAACAUGGUACCAGAAGUACAAAUCUCUUGGACAAAAUUUUGCAAAGAUGAACUUACUGGUUAUAACUUUACAUUUUGGGAAUGGUUCUAUCACACCGUUAAACUAAUCAAGGAACGUUUACUGGAGCCAUGGAAUGCUGAUUUGAUUGAAGGAUUCAUAAGCAGAAAAGCCACCACAGAAAGACUACAAUCUCGAGAACCGGGAACAUUUUUACUUAGAUUUUCUGAUAGUUCCAAAGGUGCCAUAACAAUAUCUUAUGUUAAUGAAUAUAAUAAUGUUGAUCACAUCCAACCUUGGACAAGUAAAGAUUUACAAAAUCGUUGCUUAGCCGAUCGAAUAAGAGAUUUGAAAGUUUUAACAAAAUUAUUUCCCCAUGGAAUUGACAAAUCUUAUUUAUUUGAUAAAUUUUGUUCCAAGGAUGAUCAAAAAGUUAACGUUGGCUAUGUUCCUGGAAUUCCGAUAACAACAAUCAUCCAAACCCAACCAGUGAUAGAAGAUAAAACAACUUCAAUUGAUUCACUCCUAGGAAAUAUGCUUCAAGACAACACUGUUGAUAUUGAAGACAUGCUAAUGGAAGAUGAACCUUCUAUGGAAUUCAAUUACAAUUUUGGAUACAAUUAUGAUAAAUCUCACCUUGUGAAUAAAAAUAUUUAGAGCCUUUAGUUUUAUACCUCAGUUGUCGAGUUACUUUCCCAUAUGAACAAAAUGAUCUUUGUUUCUUUUCCAUUUUAAAAAGUCCAAGAAUAUUAUAAUAAAUCUUAAGUUAAUAAUAUCGUUGUAAAGAAAUAUGCAUUAAGAUUUACAUAACCUGCUUAUUGUUAAGUUUUUAUAUUUAUGUAAAUAUAGUAAAUAAAUAGUUUUAAAAUAUGUUGAAUAAAUAUAAAAAUUAUGUUGAAAACAUGAUUUUUUUUUAAAUGUA